AUGGCGGAUCAUUCGUCACCUCAUUCUUACGUGAGGAAACGAGGGGCGGAAAGGGCAUAUGGUCCCAAGCCAUGGGUGGUCGAUCCGUACAACGAUCCCACCAUGAUGGGAGGAGCGGACUAUGCCCAGUUCAAAGUACCGGUAGGCGACAACAAUAGGCCACAAUACGAGAACCAUUCGCGGCAGUUUUCAUCCAGAUCGUUCAAACCGGAUGAUGAAAUUGCCGCUGUUGCCGCGUCGAUUGCUCAGCAAACAACGGCGAUCGAGACAACAGACGCGACCAGAACUCCGCAAAAGACGAGAAAGAGUUACAUUGGGUUGAAGGAUAGUUGGCACAAACGCAAGGCCGCCAUGGACAGUCAUGGGUAUUAUAGUGACACUGCUGCAACUCUUUCCAGAUUGAAUGAUGCAACAACUCACAGCAAUCUUGCUAGUAGUAAUCCAAUGGAGUCGUCGUUUGCAAACGAUAGCGGUCAGAACUUUGGACAAACCGUCAUCGACGAACUCUUAUUAAACAAUCCCAGCGGUACUACCGGUAUGCAACUACCACGACGACGACGACAAGCGGACCAAGACGAAGGAACUCCAGGAAGUGCUGGUAGUGCUAUGUAUCGUCCUCCAGGAUCCUCGCCCAUCUUUGAUAACUGGAUCGACUUGUCGAAUUCCCAAGUGUGGGGACCCGGUUCACCCCGUCACCCUCGUCGACCAUCCGUCCCGUCGCCGGCUCUGUCACCGUCGCGUCGAUUAGCAUCGCCUUCGGAUCAGCUAAGACCCAACAACAAUAAUAAUCACCGUCCGACCACCGAAAAUCCAUCGACACUGCAGCCCCACGAGAUGACACCGUCUAGUAGUCCCGGUAAUAAUGACGAUGAUCACAAGGAAAACGUCGGAGGUCGAAGAGCCCCUUCAUCACCAAGCAGUCCAAAUAGCAGCAGUGCGGCACCGCAGUACUGGCAGCAACAAAUGCGCGACUCGGAUACUACUGUCAAGACUUCUCCAUCACGAGGCAACGCCAACAAAUCCCCUCCGCGAAAAGUACCUGUCCUUGGCAUUGAGAAACUUGUGGCCAUGACACAACAACGAAAGGAUACUAGCGAUGUCGAUACAGGGUUUACGCCAAUACAUAAACCAAGCGCUAGCAAGAGUGGCAGCGCCAGCAAUCAUAGUCGAAGCAAUCACACUCCAACAAGUCAUCGGACAGCCUCCACAUCCGCGACACCGCAACGGAGAGCCUCCACAUCUGGGACACCACAACCGACACGAUCCGACCGAAAGAAACUUGUAGAAGUCAACAAAGAUCUUGACGGUAACAACAACAAAAGCAGGAGCAGCACCCAUUCACGCAAGGGGCUUGGUCGCUCCUCCACGCAUGAUUCCGGUACUCCGGAAGGAAACACGCCCGUCGCCGUGCCGAAGCUCGACAAGGGAAAGCAACUACGGGAACUGGAACGACGAUUAAGCUUGACCCAACACAACAACAGCAGCCACCACAAUCCAAAACAGAGAGCCUCGACAGGGAGCAUGAGAGCCUCGACAGGGAGCUUGUCACCCAAAAAACAACAAGAGGAAGGGAACAAGACUGGUAAACUUCCCUUUCGAAUGCCAAAAUUCCAAGGCUUCAAUAAGAGAGCUUCCACGGGGUCUAUUCCACUGGACAGUGAACAAUACGACGAACUGGAUGAGCUAGUAGCCAGCAAAAGUGGUGGCAAAUUCAACCGAAGAGCAUCCCUGAGCCCCAUUACUGUUGACCCAGGUAUGGAUCAAUCCAAUCCUGAUACAAUGGAUGGCGACGAGAGCGGAAGACGUGGAGAAUUUCGUCGUAGCCAAGGAAUACGAGGUUUCGAAAUCGAAAUAGACAAAACAAUAAUGGAGGAAAACGAAAACGAUGACAAAACACCAGAGAACUCGAGAGACAAGGAAGACGGGGAAACGUCGCCAAAGUCUCCACGGCGAAAAAAUCGAGUGACCUUUGAAGCUCCUGACAAAGGCGACAGAGGCCGGAAGGCCGCGAACGAUGAUUAUGAUGACGACGACUCUAUUGGUUUGCCCGAUGGGCGUGCUAGCAAAAAUCGCGAUGAUAGCAGUAGAUAUCAUGAUUCAUCAUCGGGACAUUUCGAUGAUAGCUUUUAUGACGAAGGAUCCGUAACGGAACGUCCUGGACGACGAGCAAGUAUGUCAUCACGAGCAAGUGCAACGUCGCGAGCAAGUGUAGCUUCACGAGCAAGCGUCAACUCGCAGCUAUCUCCUUCACCCAAGUCCUUGAAUAAAUCAACCAAAAGCUUCGCCAAGAAAAUUGCAGGGCAACCAGGAAGGCUAGCAAAGACGGUGGUGAGGCAGCCGGGGAAAUUGGCAAGGGGGGCCACUAGACGGUUAAGGAAAGGGAAAAGACGCGGCGGCGAUCCCGUUGCGGAAUUGGACACCGGGGAUCUUACGCAAGAAGAAUACGAUAUGAUCUGCACUACUCUCAACAAGAAUUUUAUCUUUCACGAGAAGUUCGAAGGAGCGCUUCACGCACUGGUCUUGGCGUUUGAGAAAAUUGAGGUUCCGAGGGGGGAGGUUCUUAUCCGGCAAGGUGAAGACGCUGAACAGUUCAUUUACAUCGUGUUGGAAGGGGAAUGCUCGAAUGCGGUAGAUGGAGUGGAAAUCCCAGGGCCAUACGGAACAUAUGGUCCCAAAAGCCUCUUUGGGGAGCUAGGGAUCUUGUACAAUACGCACCACAAAGGUGCCACAGUUUCAGCAAAAAACGAUGUCGUGCUCUUCCGUGCUACAGCAGAGGUGUUCUCCAGUGCGUUGAGUCUCAUGCCAGAUGGCGAUGAUAACAGAGAUGAGGUAGACAUGAAAGAUAUUGACAGAGCCAUCGAUCAAUUGAGUGGAACAAAAUCUUUGCACGGUGGGGAAAUCAUGCGGCAAUACCAGCCAAAUCGAUUGUGGCUUUGGACCCAAUGGCACGGGACUAUUCUGGAGCAAAACUUGUUGCCAACCCUAAUCGCCAUGGGAGUCGCUGUGACGGUCGUUACACUAGUUAGAUACUUUGGGGAGCCCACUUGGGCCAUCGGACAUAGACCCGAUGAGGACCACCCAGUCAUUCAACAACUCGCCAUGGUGAAUGGUGUUUGGAUGUACACAAUGACUUUGACAACCUUUAUUCUUACAUUUUAUGUGAAUCAAGCCUUUCUCUUCUGGCAAAGCACAAAUACGUUGGUGAGGCAAAUUCAAGGGAGAUUGAGUGACUAUAUGCUUGCACUAGCAACGCAUGCGGACAGGAACGAUGAUGGAAGCUUCACUGCUGAAUCUGAAGCCAUUAUUGACGACAUUGCUGCAUCUUCUCGAUUGUUUCAUGCUCUUUUCUGGGCUAGCUGUGCGAGGCGCUUCUACUGCCUGGCUACUCCGGUGGGUAUGGCAAGUAUGGCUCAACGUGGAAUGAUGACACCCAAACAGUUGAAAAUCUUGCAGUGUCUGGACACGCCCUACGGUACAAAACACGUUGCGUGUCUCGAAUGGAUGAUGAUUAGUGCAUCUCAGGGCAUUGAAGAUAGCCACUUCCGAAACUCGUAUGCCCUCAGCCGACAACUCUUGGAUUUAACUUGCCAGCUUCGCUCUGUCAGUGUCCAAGUGACUGAUAGUCUCAAAUCUGGACGUCCGCCUUUGUCCUAUACACAUCUCGUUCAGAUCCUGAUUGACAGCUUUAUUUGGACCUCACCAGCGGCGCUCUACGCUGAACUUGGAAUUUACUCUAUUCCCUGCGUUGGCGUGAUCACAUUAUUUUACGGUGGCUUGCUGAACAUGGCCAAGAUCUUUCUUGAUCCUUUGGGCAACCAACACUUUACUAAAUCUUCUGUCAACAUGGGCAUGGACCUGGGUGUUUUGACCAGAGAAUCAAAUGGAAGCACAAGUCUAUUCAAAGAGCACGGAGCAAUUGUUCCUUUCUAG